GGUGGCCGCUGAAACUGAAGCGGCGGGCGCGGCCGAGAUGGCGAAGAGCCGCGAAGAGAACGGGCCACGCGUGCCCGCGGCCGGCGGGAGCCUUUCGGGGACUCGGGAGAACCUGGCCCCAGGUCCCGACGCCGCAGCGACGGACGAGCUCAGCUCUCUGGGCUCCGACUCGGAGGCCAACGGCUUUGCCGAACGCCGCAUCGACAAGUUCGGCUUUAUCGUGGGCUCGCAGGGCGCGGAGGGCUCGCUGGAGGAAGUCCCCUUGGAGGUGCUGAGACAGAGGGAGUCCAAGUGGCUGGACAUGCUCAACAACUGGGACAAAUGGAUGGCCAAGAAGCACAAAAAGAUCCGGCUGCGGUGCCAGAAGGGCAUUCCACCUUCUCUUCGGGGCCGGGCUUGGCAGUAUCUGUCAGGAAGCAAAGUGAAGCUGCAGCAGAACUCUGGAAAAUUUGAUGAACUGGACGUGUCCCCUGGGGACCCCAAGUGGCUGGACGUGAUUGAGCGAGACCUGCAUCGGCAAUUCCCUUUCCAUGAGAUGUUUGUGUCCCGGGGGGGCCAUGGCCAGCAGGACCUAUUCCGUGUACUGAAGGCCUACACGCUGUACCGACCUGAAGAGGGCUACUGCCAGGCCCAGGCACCUAUUGCCGCCGUCCUGCUCAUGCACAUGCCUGCUGAGCAAGCCUUCUGGUGCCUGGUGCAGAUCUGUGAGAAGUACCUGCCUGGCUACUACAGUGAAAAAUUGGAGGCAAUCCAGCUGGAUGGGGAGAUCCUGUUCUCACUGCUGCAGAAGGUGUCGCCCGUGGCCCACAAGCACCUGAGCCGGCAGAAGAUUGACCCGUUGCUCUACAUGACAGAGUGGUUCAUGUGUGCCUUCGCCCGCACCCUGCCCUGGAGCUCUGUGCUGCGUGUCUGGGACAUGUUCUUUUGUGAAGGAGUCAAGAUCAUCUUCCGGGUGGGUCUGGUGCUGCUGAAACAUGCACUGGGCUCCCCUGAGAAGCUCAAAGCCUGCCAGGGCCAGUACGAAACCAUUGAGCGACUGCGGAGCCUCAGCCCCAAGAUCAUGCAGGAGGCCUUCCUGGUCCAGGAGGUGGUUGAGUUGCCAGUGACAGAGCGCCAGAUCGAGCGCGAGCACCUCAUCCAGCUGCGUCGCUGGCAGGAGACCCGUGGUGAGCUGCAGUGCCACUCCCCACCCAGGCUGCAUGGUGCCAAGGCCAUCCUGGAGGCAGAACCAGGCCCCCGACCCACCCUGCAACCAUCCGCAUCCAUCCGCCUGCCCCCAGAGGCCUCCCUCCCUGGCUCCACCGGCAACCCCAUGCUGCCCAAGCAGAUCCAGAAGCAGGUGAAGGCAGGUGGGCAGCUGGACAAGCCCCCAUCCCCAAGUAAAGUCAAGGUGGCAGCUGCGGCAGGAGAUGCAUGUCCCCCACGAGGUGUGCCCCUGAAGGACCCGGUCCGUCAGGACUCAGCAGCUCCCCAAGACUCAACUCCCCACCACGCAGCCCACCACCACUCACAGGAGAGCCUGACGUCCCAGGAGAGUGAAGACACCUACUUGUAACCCCGGCUGCUCGGGACUCUGGGGUGGGGUCUCCACACACCUACACAGUUCAUGGACUGACACUCCAGGACUUCCCCCCCCCCCCGCCCCAGGGCCCAGCCUCCUGGCCACUGGGUGGCAGAGACUCUGGCUGGCCCAGCACAGAUUCUGUCUG